UGUGCAUGUCACUCCUUGCCUCGGUCUGCAGUUGGGGGUGACGGACCUUGGAGCUGUGCAUAGCCAGGCAGUCAUGGGUUUUCAACAGGCAGGACUGAUUUCUGCUUUCCUGCUGACUCUGCUCUCAGCUGAGUGUUCAGGCAGGAAUGAGGAGGAACGUCUGAUAAACUACCUGUUCCUUGAGAAGAAAUACAACAAAGAGCUCCGGCCUGUCGAGCAACACGGGGACACCGUGGAUGUCUAUCUCGCCCUCACGCUCUCAAACCUCAUCUCUCUGAAAGAAGCAGAUGAGACGCUGCUCACCAAUGUGUGGAUUGAUCACACGUGGAUUGACUACAGGCUGUCCUGGAACGUGUCAGAGUUUGAUGGCAUUGACAUGCUCCGUCUGCCAUCCAACAUGGUGUGGCUGCCAGAGAUUGUCCUGGAAAACAACAAUGACGCCCAGUUUGAGGUGGCAUACUACAGCAACGUACUGGUGGAUCCCUCUGGACUCUGCUACUGGUUACCUCCAGCCAUCUUUCGAUCAUCAUGCUCUAUCAACGUCAACUAUUUUCCCUUUGACUGGCAGAACUGCACUCUGAAGUUCACGUCUUUAACCUACAAUGCCAAGGAGAUCAGGAUGCUGCUGAAAGAAGACGCAGAUGAAGAGAAUAAGUGGACGGUGGAGUGGAUCAUCAUCGACCCUGAAAGCUUCACUGAAAACGGUGAGUGGGAGAUCAUCCACCGGCCGGCCAAAAGAAACACCUACAAGCACAUUCCCAUGGAGAGCAACAAGCACCAGGACAUCACCUUCUACCUAGUCAUCAAGCGCAAACCUCUCUUCUACAUUGUCAACAUAAUCAUCCCCUGUGUGCUCAUCUCUUUCCUGGCUACAUUCGUCUACUACCUGCCAGCUGACAGUGGUGAGAAGAUGACCUUGUCCAUCUCGGUGCUGCUGGCUCAAUCUGUCUUCCUGCUGCUGAUUUCUCAAAGGCUCCCAGAGACGUCCAUGUCUGUCCCUCUCAUUGUCAAGUACUUGAUGUUCAUCAUGGUGCUCGUCACGGUGGUGGUGUUGAACUGUGUGGUCGUCCUCAACCUGCACUUCAGGACUCCGAGCACACACGUCAUGACUGGAUGGACCAAGAGGUUUUUCCUUGAGCGGCUGCCCCGAAUCUUGCACAUGUCCCAGCCGGCAGAGCCAGAGCCACAAUGGGAUGGAGCGUUGCCACGGCGAUCCAGCUCGGUGGGAUACAUUGCUGCAGCCGAUGAGUAUUACAGUGUGAAGUCCCGCAGUGAGCUGAUGUUUGAGAAGCAGUCAGAGAGGCACGGCCUCACCAAGAGACCCACGCACGCCGCAGUGGUGAAACCUCAGGAAGAUGGAGGUGUGACGGAUCAGUUGUAUGCAGAGAUCAAGCCAGCGUUGGAUGGAGCAAACUACAUCAUCAGACACAGACGCAACAAGAACGACUACAACGAGGAGAAGGACAACUGGAGUGGCAUCGCCCGCACGGUUGACCGCCUCUGCCUCUUCCUCGUCACCCCGGUCAUGACCAUUGGUACCAUCAUUAUCUUCCUCAUGGGAAUUUGCAAUCACCCUCCACAUCUUCCCUUCAAGGGAGACCCACAUGACUACAAGGAAGACAACCCUCGACUGGUGUAACACAACAUGAUUCAGCGCCGUUUUCCUCUCUGUGUUUGGGACUUUUCAUGCUGCAGUUGUGUGUGGCAGCUCAUCUAUGCUUAACUAGUUUGACUAUUUUGCCUUAUUACAAAUGUUGCAGUCAUGUUCAAUUCAAUCCAUCAAUUUACUUUCUAAAUCAGCUUUUGGGGGUCACAGGGCUGCUGGAGCCUAUCCCAGCUUCAGUUGUGUGACGGCAGGGUCUACACCCUAAGAAUGUGUUCAACUCAGUUUAUUUAUAAGCCAAGAGUUAACAAACCAGCAAUCAUUAUGAGUUAUACUCCAAUCUAUGUGUAUAGACUCUACAUAAAGUAGGAAUAUCUUCUUUACAAUUUACAGACCACAAACAUUGAAUUUCUUCAUAAUAUUCUACAUAUUGAGAGGUAUCUGUGGGUUUUUCAGUUGGACACUAGAUCUUCUUUGAAACGUCCUUACGUGAAUGCAAUACAAUAAUGUAACAAAUGAAAUUAGUACACAAGUCUUUGUGUUCUAGAGUUGUGACCCACCAUGAUUACUCCCCCUGUUCACCGCAGUGCCUGAAAACUAGCAUUAAUGAAACAAAAUCUGACAAAAAGGGUGUUCUUGAGCCAACAUGUCCACUCAAAUGAAAACAAAACCAAAUCUUUCCUAAAAGAAUUGUACUUUCCAAAAGUAUUUUUUUGUCACAAAGGUAGAGCAAAGAAGCUGAGGUGGUUUGGUUUCAUUGUCAGCCUGUGCUGUUUGUGUCAAUUGCUGUGCUAAUGUCAAUAAAGAGAAGCCUGUGGUCUGUGUUUCUGAUGAACCACAGUUGUGUGUGUAGCAUUUUAGCGUCCCCUGUGUAUGCAAAUGAAAGAGAUUACAUUUGCGUCACGCACCUAGGUGCGUGACGCACCCACGUGAACUAACAACUACAAAUUAAAUAAAAAGGAGAGGAAACAGCGA